CCCUUCAUUUCAUAGUUUCAGUUAAACCCAGAAAAAUCUUAUUCUGAUCAUAUUGUCAGUGAGAGAGUGAAGAGAAAGCUUGACGAUUUGGUGGGUGAAAUUACAAAAUAAUGGCUCAAUUGCAUGCUUUUUCUGCUGCUUCUCCCACUAAUUCAUUCUUCAAUUCCCCUAAAAUUUCAGCAUGUACAAAGGUAUGCUGCUUAAGAAGAUGGUCUUUGAAUCCCAAGUUGGGUGCAAACUUGAGUGAAUUCUGUGGCAAUGCAGUUGUUCAAAACAGCAGGUGCAUUAGUGAAGUUCAGAAGAAACAAGCUAUCAAAGCAAUCCUAUCAAGUGACAAAGAGGUAGAAACCAAUGGUAGAGGGCUACGUGGUAAAUUAAAUAAAGUGGUUCUAGCGUACAGUGGUGGCUUGGACACAUCAGUAAUUGUCCCAUGGCUGAGGGAAAAUUACGGCUGCGAAGUUGUUUGUUUUACAGCCGAUGUUGGCCAAGGGCUACAAGAAUUAGAGGGUUUGGAGCAAAAGGCAAAGGCUAGUGGAGCGUGCCAAUUAGUGGUGAAGGAUUUGAAAGAGGAAUUCGUCAAAGAUUACAUAUAUCCUUGCUUGCGUGCGGGUGCCAUCUAUGAGAGGAAGUAUUUGCUUGGUACUUCAAUGGCUCGUCCUGUCAUCGCAAAGGCUAUGGUGGAUGUUGCUAGAGAAGUUGGAGCUGAUGCUGUUUCUCAUGGGUGCACUGGAAAAGGGAAUGAUCAGGUCCGUUUUGAGCUUACAUUCUUUGCUCUUAAUCCUGCCCUCAAUGUUGUUGUCCCAUGGAGGGAGUGGGACAUCAGAGGAAGAGAAGAUGCUAUUGAAUAUGCCCAAAAGCAUAAUGUUCCUGUUCCUGUAACAAAGAAAUCUAUUUAUAGCAGAGACAGGAAUUUAUGGCACCUUAGCCACGAGGGAGACGUCCUGGAGGACCCUGCAAAUGAGCCAAAGAAGGAUAUGUACAUGAUGAGUGUUGACCCGGAGGAUGCACCUAACACGCCUGAAUACAUUGAAAUUGGCAUUGUUUCUGGAAUCCCUGUGUCUCUCAAUGGAAAAGAACUCUCCCCAGCAACCUUAUUAUCUGAGCUCAAUGACAUAGGAGGGAGACAUGGAAUUGGACGGAUUGACAUGGUUGAAAAUCGGUUGGUGGGUAUGAAGAGUCGUGGGGUAUAUGAAACUCCAGGUGGAACCAUCCUUUUCAGUGCUGCCAGAGAACUUGAGGCUCUGACCCUUGAUAGGGAGACGAUGCAAGUAAAGGACUCCCUCGCCCUCAAGUAUGCAGAGCUUGUUUAUGCAGGUCGUUGGUUUGAUCCACUUCGUGAGUCCAUGGAUGCUUUCAUGGAGCAAAUCACAAAAACAACAACUGGUUCAGUUACGCUCAAAUUGUACAAGGGUUCUGUCACGGUAACCAGUAGGAAAAGCCCGUAUAGCUUGUACAGGGAAGAUAUAUCAUCGUUCGAGACUGGACAGAUUUAUGAUCAGGCAGAUGCUGGUGGUUUUAUCAGACUCUAUGGUUUACCCAUGAGAGUUAGAGCCAUGCUUGAGAGGGGGAUGUAAGACCCUAAUUAAGACCUGUAUUUUUAGCUGGACAUUGGUCCUUCUGGGCCAUUUUUUUUUUGAGAAGUUGCACUAGAGUUGUAUCACCAUAAUCUAACCUGGCUUCACCAGCAAUUGACUCAAAAUUUCUGAAGGGGGAUGGGUGAUUGGUCAA